UCAUUAAAGGGUUAUGUUUACAGCCGGAAUGUGACGUCAGAGUCAGCUGUGCAUGUCCGUGUGUGUGUGUGUGUGUGUGUGUGUGGAUGAUUCAGCAGCUAUCUCUCUCUCGGCUCUCAAUCAGAAUAGCAGCUGCAGCUUUUUGCGGAUUUCAACCGAACCCGUGUUCUCGGCUGAGCGGUAAACCUCUGCAGCGAACAAACACUGAUCCCCGCUGCCGCAGCGUCCAGAGGCCCCGAGCAGAGCGGAGAGACCACAGGCUCCCGCCGCUCCUCCUCCCUUCUCUUCCCGGUUCCCCUGGAGGAUUUUACCGUUCUUCAUCGUUUGGUGCAGGAUCCGUGUGUCUCCGUCAGACAGUGUCCUGUUGGAUUCAACUAAAACACAUCCGAACCGACUGACUGUUGAUUUUAAAUUGCCAAGAGCGACAUUUCCGGGAUUCUGGUCUGGGUCUGAUGCUCGGUGUGUCUGCAGCUCUACUGGCUAAGUGUCUCCAUGGUGAAGUGGGCGGAGUCUGAUGUCAGCCCCACCUUUUGUUGACCCUCCCACCAUGCCCACCCUGGUUUCCAGGCUGCCAAAGUUCGGCUCACGGCCCCGGUCACAGACGGCUCCAGUGGCUGCCCCAACCAAUGGAGCUGCAGCCGGUGCAGGCAGAACUCGUCUAACCAACGGGUUCUACCACCACCCCGGACCUGCAGGGGUCACUGUGCCCCCGUCCUCUGCAAAGCAGAAUGGAUUCAUCCGAGUGCCGUGUUCAUUUUCCACAAACUGGAGGAAGGAAAGUGCUGCUGAUGGUGAUGAAAUAAUGGACGGAGAGGCUGAGUACAAGAAAGGGAAAGGGGCGACUGUUGUACAGAAUCGCAGCACUUUCCAGCUGUAUUUCAACCAGAGGCAGCAGGAACCAGUCCUGUCACAGCGUGAUGCCAAAAAACACGCCACAUGCUCUGUAGCGAAAGGGCGUGGCCAGCUUACAUCAUCAUCAUCAUCACCAUCUCCACAGUCCAGCCCCAGAGCUCCUUCUGUUUCUAAAAUUGGAUCUCGAGAUUCCGAACUGAAUCCAACCUCAUCAGUACUGUCCAAUGUCACAAAGCAGAGCCUAAACACAAGUCUAGGAUCUAAAGCAGGGACAAAGGUGAACAGUUCUCUGAGACAGCCUCAGAGUUUCACUCGACUGGCAGGUACGAGGCCUGGUUCGGGUCCUGGAUCUCGAUCUGGUUCUCCCCUCCUAAAGAAACCAGUUGCCAGCCGCUCCCAUUCUAGCGAUAACCUUGGCUGUGCUGCUUCCGUGCAUCUGACUGAAAAUGAUCGCUUCCGGUCCCGGAGCCUCACCCAGGUCCGACAGCAGGCCUCUCCCACCCUCACCAGGACCUCCGUCUCUCCCAACAUGUCUCGCUCCUACUCCAGCAACAGGGCUGCCCAACGAGGCCCCUCCACCUCCUCACAGGUACCCCCAAGAGGUAACUUGUUGAAAUCACCUGUGAGCAGAGCUGCUUUAGGGAGGGUGGGUGUUGGCACCCCCGGCCAGCUGCCACAAUCAGCCCUAAGGAAGCCCCUCUUACCGAGUCCAACAUCCAGAUCCAGUGGUAUCAGCUAUAAGCUGUCCCGCCCAUCACUCAUCAAGCAGUCUCGCCCUCUUCGAGCAACGGGAACCAAUGCGUGCAGAGGUGAACAGGUUAACAGAGGACCAAUCAGACGAAAGAACUCAGUCCAGGCGCCUUCAUCUACCGAAAACAGCCCAGAAGACACUCUAGAGGCUCCGGAGCUGGAGCAGCUUUCUGAUGACGUGGUAACCCAGGGUGUGGGAUCGAUUGUCAGUGAGAUGCUGGAGGAUAUGUCCCUGUCCUCCACUUCCUCCCUGGACAGGAAUGACAUCUGUCAGGAGUACAUGGAUGACUUUGACAACCUUGGAAAUGGAGGAGUUGGCAACUUACUGUUCUCGUCCAAAAAUGAAGAGGAUGACUCAGGACUUGACCAGUCGUGCACAAGACUUGAUGAUGACAAAGAUGCCAUAAGCAAGGUCGCCGAGACAACAGGAUUGUGCUUCCUGGAAGAUAGUCUUGACUGGACUGCCAUCAGAGGUGAUAAAGAAGAGAACAGACUUAACCAACUUUCCCGUCGGAGAAAGUCAAGUCAGCCUGACUAUCAUGAACAGGGUGGUUCUUCUCUGGACCUGUCCCCCUCUGAUAGCUGUGGCUCUGGGGGGACCUAUAUGUGGGAUGAGGAAGGUCUGGAGCCACUUGGGGGUGCCAGCACUACCGCUUCCAUCCACACCAACAGCAACACCACCCACCACAUUGGGAGCUUCGACUCGGACAUCAACAGCAUCGAUCUCUUAAACAACCUGGACUCUUGUGAUUUGGCUGACGAUGACCUCAUGCUGGAUGCAGACUUCCCGGAGGACUCCUCUUUGCACAGCGAUGGAGAUGGACUGUCCAGCAUGGCUCAGUGGAGAAUGAGGCAGCUCUGUUGGGGAACACAAGACAAUGACAAUGAGAGUGAUAUCCAGUGCUACAAACUCUCUCAGGAUACUGAAACUAAGAAGGAUAAAAUCAGAUCCACCUACUGCUCUCCUGCAGCUCAGACUCUGGGUCUGGAUGUGGAGGAACUCGCUGAGGACUGUUCUGCGGUCAGGUCACAGCUGGAGUUCCUGCAGAGGUUACUACUGCAGGAGGAGGACUUGGACGAUGAAACACUGACCACAGACACACUGAGCCCAGACACAAAAGACUUGUCCCACAGUUCAGACUCACAGGUGCAGGCGCUCCUCCUGGAGGUACAGCAGCUCCGGGAGGAACUUAGGAACCGAGAUCGAACCAUUGCACAGCUAACCAUGCAGCUGACUGUUCCCACACUGACCACUAGGUGUCGCUGUCAAGAGAAGUCCGAAAGGAUGGAGCAGCAAACACAGACAAGUGUGACAAAAAGCGAGUGUGUGGCCUUGCAGACGCCAUGGAAAGAGCACAAUUCACAAGUACUUCACUCCUCCCAUCAAGAAGACCAGGAAUCAUUGACAAGCCAAGCGCCGCCUUCAGGUAACCCUGCCCACCCUGAAAUGCUUGUUGAUCAACUCCUCCCCUUCUUUAAACCCAUCACUACCACCUGCGCGACCCCAAGAGCAACACAUGAUGGAAAACAACAGAGGAAGCUAGAGGAGGAGGAGGAGACCGUGAGGAGAGGAACCUGCAGCAGAUCCCUGAUGCCUUUGCAACCUUCCAAGCUCCGUCUCUUCUUGUCUCACACCUACAGCUCCGCCCCCACAUCCCAGAAGACAAGGUUGUUGAGGCAGCCAUCAGAUGGCAUCAACGCUUCGGGGCUGAAACUCAAAGCAUUCGGCUCUGGCUCAUCCCGUCUCCCCAAACCAAAGAGUCACUGAGGUGACUGGCGAUCUGUGGCGACAGACAGACCUGAACUUCUGUCUGUACCCGUUCUGAAUCCUCAACCUAUUUAUUGUUCAUAUUCUGAGCUCACAUUUGAAAUAGCACUACGGUAGGAAGACUGUUAACACCCAGAUCCUGGAAGAUAUCACUAGAUAAAAAAACAUAGAUUUGUGCCUUUGAUUUGGAAGACUACUGCCUAAGUGUUGCCUCACUGUUGUUUGAAUUUAACAUUAUUUAAAGUAUAAACUGAGAUGUUUCACAUGCUGCUGUUUACAAUUUAAUCUUUAUGGUCCACUAAAUUGAUUUCACUGAUUUCCAGAAUGACUCCGCCCAGCAUCUGUGUAAGGAAAAUAACUUUUUUCAUUUGAAUUAUGUCACCAACAUAAAACUCAACUUUUUGAAUUAUAAUGAUAAUUAUUCACUGUAUUCUUGGGUAACAGUGGAGUUACUGAUCUAUAAACCAAUAACUAAGAUCCAAAGUUCAAUUUCAGCAACACACCCCCUCUGCUUUUAAACUGCUGGUUAGAUUGUUUUUCCCACUUGCUGAAAAUUCCUUCCUCAACCAUAGAAGAUGUGGCGCAGAUCAGACCUCAGAUCCUUCUGUUUGCCAUCCAUCAUCUCUUCGCUCAAACAACCUUGACACGAUGUCAUCCUGUGUCUGUUCUGAAGCUUUUCAGCCUCAAACUCUUGACUUCACGGGCCCAGUUUGGUUAAAUCCCUGAGAAACACUCCUUGCUACGGAAAGAGUCAGGGAUUUCUGGCUGUUGCUUCCAGUAAAACCCUUUUUUGCGUCAGCCAGUUAAACUGGACAUAGAAAAAAGGAUUAACGAUCUCUUUUCCUUUUAUUAGCUUUAGAAUUAAACCUUUUUUUCAACUUUUUCCCUGGUUCUACGGCCAUGCUGUGAAAUUUCUAUUAAAGCAUUUCGUCUUAA